AUGGCUACAAAAUCCCGUACAACACAUGUUUUGAUCGAUGAUGAAUUCUAUCAAUGGAUUUUUGAAGUCAUGAGUUUUAUGUGCUGGGUUGCAGAUGAUUCUGAAAAAUCAAAAUUGUAG